AUAAAAUAAUCUUACUUCCGUAAAUAUAAGUGGCAAGUGGUGUUACAUUCAUGAAUAGCAACUGAUUUGUAUUUAUUUGGAAGAUCAAUUUUUUAAUAAUGGUAAAGACUAAGCUUGCAUUAAUGAAAUCUCAGUACUUUCAUAUUUAGUACUUGGUAUACUUCUCUUUUAUAUUUCUUUAACACUAAACUCAGAGUAAACUGUGAUAACGAACUCAAACUACUACUAACUACUACUACGACUACAAGUUACUAACUUUGUCAACUUUGUGAAAGUUAGUGUGUCACUCACUCACACUCACUGUGUUAGUGUUAGUGAUGAGUGUUGUGUGUAGAUGAUCAGACCUAAUGCGGAUGAGUCACACGCACUGAAGCUGAAAGAGGAGUGGGAGGGUUGGUGGUUGGAUUAGAUAAAAAUAAAUUAAUUAUGCCAUCAUAAGAGUCUGGAUGGAUGGGGGUUUUCCGAAAUAGUAAUUAGUAGUAUUAGUAAUACAUAACAUAACAAGAAAUGUGACUGAUUAUAAAUUAUCAUUGAGUGAUUCAAUCAAUCAUUAAAAACAUUGAUUGCCCUUUAACUUCAUAUAACAAGACAUAAUGAAAAUGAUGUUAUAUUUUCUAUCUCCUCCUACUAGGGCUUCUUUAUUAACCAAUCAAUAAAUUGUUUAAAAUAUAUAUUUUAAUGUGACUGUGCUUGCCAAUCUGAUGACUGAUGUUGUUUAUGGUAAUCUUGCAUUUGAGCUUCAUAAAUUAAUGGCUAUACUAUUUCAUUUAACUAACCAGUGAUCUUACUUUAGCUUUUUAAAUUAUUAAUAAUAUUAACUUGAUUUUUUUUCCUGGGGAAUGUAUCAUAUAUUAAACACAUUAUUGAUAGAGCUGUUAAAAUCUUUAAAUACACCUGGCUUGUUUAGCAUUCAUCUACCAGUAGGUGGGACCCAUUUUUAUUGACCAGUUACACUUUUAUAAUCCUAAUCAUUGACAGGAUGCAAGUGUAUUCCAUUAGUUAUUUAAUUAGAUUUUGUGUUUAUAGAGCAUUUUGAAAAGAUUUUGAAAUAAAUUAAUUUAAUAUAUAGUUUUUUUUUACUAAUUUUGAUCCAGAUGUUUAAGUUUUUUAUUUUCAUUAGCACCACUAAUCUGAUCUAAUUUUGCAUAGUUCCAUAAGAGCGAGAUCGAAAAUAUAUACCUUUUUUUUCUUAUGAUAUUAAAUUAAUAGUACUGGUAUUAAGCAUUAUUUUUAGCUUUAAAGAAGAAUUAUUUAAAAUCUGACAAUCAGUUUUUGUCUAAUUUCAGUAAUUUGAUUAGGUCUUUAAUACUGGUCUUUUCCAACUGCCAAACUAAUCAAACUAAUAAACUCAAUUAUAAUUUACUUGUUGGCCAUUUCUACCCCCCCCCCCCCACCCCCAAUGAACCUUAUUUUUCUGUUCCCUUCUACUUCUUUCAUUUUUUAAAAAGAUUUUUCAUAACCACGGAAGGACUUCUUGACUAUGUCCAAAAAUUUAAAACUAAACUUUUUAAUGCCGUUAAUUUGGCUAAAACACAUUUAAAAGAUUCACAAUCUAGAAUGUUCAUUUUUUAAAAAGAUUUUUCAUAUUGGUACUAAUGUAUUAAGAAAAAUGGGCUCACUUGGUAAUGAGGGCAUCAAUUGAUAUUGAAGACAUCAUUUUGCUUCAUUGACUAUUGAUAAUAUUCACUAUACUGCAAUCAUAAAAUGUAAAAAAAGGGCCUUAUAUAAGUUAAUGCCUCAAAAUACCUUCAAAUAACCAACAUGUUAGGUAUAUUUAAUUGUAUUGUAAUAUUGCAUUAAUUUUACUUUACAAAUCCUCAGCAUGGACGUUUAAAAGUUAAAUCUACCGCUGAACAACUUGAAGCAAAAAGAAAGGAGCGAGAGAAAAAGCUGCAAUUAUAUAAUGGAGCAAAAUCAAAGAUAUUUGAAAAGGUUGCUUAAUGUCCCUCUUACAAAUAAAAUAAAAUAUUUAAGUACUAAUUUUAAAGUGAACUGUUUUGAAUUCUAACGUUUACAAUACCAUCCAGGAAAAAAAAAUUAAAAGUGUAAACUUUGAUUAGUUAUUUUAAAAAUCAUCAAUUUCUGUGCAGACUUCGAUUUUUUAACUUGUUCUACUCCUGUUUAAAUGAAACCAAGGACUUGUGAUAUGGCUAAUAUAUUCUAAAUGGUGCAAAUUCAAUUUGACCCAGGACAAAGUGGGACAGGCUAAUGGGCCCCAACAAAUCAGCCCUGACAAUUGAACUCCCUACACUUUUAGGCCCGAUAUAAGGACCCCAAGUCAAUAAGACCCAGACAAAUGGGUCCCCAUCAAUAAGAUCACCAGCAUAAGGGAUUACUUGAAAAGAGUCGCCUUUUAAACUUUUAAUAUGACAGAUUUUUCAAAUACAACUAGUUUGAUACUACCUAUCAAAAAACUAACUACCUAGUUAAAAAUAUUGACUGACAUUUUGUAAACAAAUUAUUCUUGGCAACAAUUAUGAUGUGUUAUGGUUUCAUUUUAGUUAAAAGAUUGAUUAAUUACGUUCUUUAGUAAUGAUUAUUGCAAAUAAAAUGCUGUUAAAUUAUUAAGGUGCUAUUUAUACUGCUGUUUAUUACAUUGAUAAUGGAACAUGAUAAUUUGUGAACAAGACAGUUCUUUAAAAUAAUUUAUAUUUUAAGUAGAUGCCAUGACCUGAUGCAUCAUUAUAUUAAAAAGUUUACUUUUCAAUAAACUAAUUGCCACCUCUGAAUGUAAUUGUUCACGAAUAAGAAAGUAAUAGCUACAGUAAGAAAUUUAAAAUGGUGAGAAGGAUGUACCAUAGUUGUGGCGGAGAGAGGGCGAGGGAGUAAUUGUUAAAUCUCUGUCGCUGGAGGGGAUGUAUUAAAGAAAACGGACCAAGUUAAAAAUCCUAGAUAAAUAAAAAUAUUUUUUCUUUCAGUAAUUUCAUUUAAUAACAGAAAUAAAAUAUUGAAACAUUUAACUCAAAAUAAGUAUAUUUUCAAUUGGAAGUUCACCAAUUGUCAUGGGCCCUUUUUUAGGACCAAGCAAAAUUUAAAUAAAAAAUGAUUACCAGUACAUGAAUUUUAAAUGCUUGGAUUUUUAAAAAUUAUGUAUUGAUUUAAGAAAAUUUCAAUUGAAUUCAGAAAAUAAAUGGAGAACUGGAUGAAGAGCUUCUUCUUUUAUCUGGAGAAGUUUUAGCAGUAAAUCCUGAUUUUUAUACUUUAUGGAACUAUCGGAAGGAAACUUUCCUAGAGUUAAAGAAAAUAAAGUAAGUACUUGGAUAAUGCAUUUUAUUUAAAAAUGAUACUGUAUAAAAAUAUUUAUUAUGACAAAUUUGCACACUCAAAAAUUGAGAGAAAAGGAAAGUAUUUUAAAUAUCUGUAAGAUUUCACUAUGUUAUGAAAAUGUAUUUGUUCACUAUGUUAUGAAAAUGUAUUUGCAACAAACAGUUAAAUUUAAAAAAAAAUCAUUUCUUCAAAAAAUUUAAUAUUUUUUACAUUCUUAACUAUAGAUCAAAGGAAGAAUUGCAAAAAAUAUUUCAAUCAGAGUUACAUUUUCUGGAAACAUGUCUAAAGAUAAACCCAAAGUCGUAUGGAUCAUGGCAUCAACGUUGUUUUGUAAUGGACAAUAUGCCAGAGCCAGACUGGAGCAGGGAACUUGAACUUUGCAAUCAAUUCUUGCAGUAUGAUGAAAGAAAUUGUAAUAAAAUUAGUCAUUAAUUAUUUAGUGUAAUGCAAUGAAUUUUUAUUGCUCAAUUAUAUGCCUUGGAAAAAUUUAUCUCAUGCGAAAUAUAUAUUCAAUUAAACUAAUUAACACAAGAAAAAUAUGAAUUCUAUUUUUUAAGAAAAAAUAAAGAAUUAUUAUUAUUUUCAUUUAAGUUGAAUUUUUUUUUUUAAAUAGAUUUUUUUUGUUUAAAUCUAAAAAGUAAAUCAAUUUGCAUUUUGGAAUGUCAUAUACUUAACUAGUUCACUGCUGGGACUAUCGAAGAUUUAUCGUGAAGAGGGCUAAUGUAUCCCUUGAGGCUGAGUUUGAAUUUUCUAUGAGCAAAAUCAGCAACAACUUCUCAAACUACUCCUCAUGGCAUUAUAGGAGCAAACUUCUUCCUAUACUAUUCCCUGACCCCACCCAGCCCAUGGGGGUUGAUGAAAAAGCUUUAUUAAAAGGUUGGUAGGGCUAUUCCAUCUUUAAGAAGAUAAAAUCUGUCUAUUGGCCAGUCUGCCUUGAAAAUAAUAAUUAAAGGAAUGCGCUUCUUUAGUUUCAUUAAUGUUAUGUUUUUAUUUAAAACAAUAAAGUAAUAAUAUAAUAUAUAAAAAUACAAGCUCUCAAUGAGUUUCACUUCAUGUUCGUCUCGAUGAGUUUCACUCCACGCUCGUCUCGGGGUGUUACAGCACAAACUCUCACAGUCCACAGGUGUAGUGCAUUAUAACAAUUAACAAAAACAGCUAUGUGUUAAUCAAUAUUAAAGUAUAUUAUCUCCAGUGAGCUGAGUUGUAGACUGUGACAAUUUAGAUUACUACCUUAAAUCUUUUGACAGAAUAUGAAUUGGUGCAGAAUGGCUUUUUUACUGACCCAGAUGACCAAAGCAACUGGUUCUAUCACCGUUGGUUAAUGGGCAGAGGCAAGUUGAAACCUGAUUGGGUUGCAGUUGUAAUUAUUCAUUGAUUAAGAGGCUUUGUAUCAAGAUGACAUAUUAUAAUUAUGUUUCAAUCUUAAGAAUUCGGAUUUAGGUUCUGAGCAAGUUUCUAGUCACAGUUGGCGCAAAAUUAAAAAAAGAUUAAUAAGUAAAUGAAUCAAUAGUUAAAUUUCCAAGGGCACAGUCAUAAUAUGUAAUGCCCAUGGGUAACAAAGGAUGCCCAGAGAUUAUGUGCAUUGUGCCUCAGAUCAUAGUGCUCUUUAAAAUCUUUUUGGGAAUAGUUUAGAUGUCUAAAUUGUAUAACAGUUCAAGUAUACGCACACUCCUCCCAAUCUUUAAAAAAAAAUCCUUUGUGUGAUCUAACCAAUCAUUGUUCACUAUUCACUAAAUUAGAUUUCCUUAUUUCGAAUUUUCACAAUAGGUGAGCAGAAACAAGCUUUGCACUGUUUCUCUGUAUCAAGGACAGAUAGAUGUGUGAUUUUAUCUCUUGUCAAACACAUUCAGGUUAGAAAAUGUUUCACUUGUUUGCAUUGUAAAAAAUGUAUUUACAUUUUACCAAAGUUUGCCAAUUAAAAUAGAACAUCAUUAACAUUCCUGCUGCUUGUAUUAAAAAAUAAAUUGAGUUACUUUUUUAAUUAAUUGGGAUUCAAAAUGAGUAAAUACUGUGUUUUUUUUAAAAACCUCCAGGGAUAUCUGUAAUUCAAUAUUAUUACAUUUAACUUAUUUACUAUAAAAUUUAAUGUUCAUUCAUUUUCAGUACUUGAUUUUUGUGUGUGUUCUAGUUACCUGUAUUUCACAAAGUUGUGGCAUCAGCUUCUAAAACUGUAAUGUAUCAGCAAUAUGAAAUGCCCAAUAGACUAGACACUGAAAAUUAUUGUUUCAGGUGGGAAAGAGCACAGAUAUUAUACUUGAGUGCAAUAACAGUAUUUUGAAAGGUGUCACAUGGCAGAACCAAGAGAAGAGCACUCGGUUUUCCACUUUAUGGAUAUCCUUUCAUUCAAGUUAUGUUUGUUUGUUUGUUUGUUUGUGUUCUUAGUAGUAAGCUUUAAAUAUUAUAGCAGCCUAAAAUGCUGUGGAAUAUUUCUUUUCAAGUUAAACAAAUUCCAUGACAUCCAUUUCCAAUUGUAUUCAUCCAACAAAAAUCUGCAAAUAAUCUUAACCAUCACACAGAGCAGAUAAUGUAACCCUCCCUGAGAAUGGAGACCUCUUUAUAAAAGUAAAAAUACUCCAAGGUGGGGAAGAAAUUUGUUUUUCAUCCAUGAGCCUAAAAGAAAAUGAAGUUAACUAUAGUGCUCCUUCACUAAGCACAGGUGGAGUGAGUAGAUUUAGGUAAUGUGACUUUAUUUUCUUUCUUUAUUAACUGUUCAUGUAAUUCUUAAAUUUAACUCUUAAUAAAUAACACAUCACGAUUCCCUUAAGGCCAUCAAGAGAUUUGACAACAGAAAAGGAGAUGAAAAUGAAUCUAUUAAAAAUAUCAACGUUAUAACUGCGAGUUUCAGUUACUGUAGCAAUAUAUUUUUGGAAAAAAUAAACUUUCCUUUGUUUGAAAUCAUAAGUGACUAAAAACAUUGAGUGAAAAUAUCAAUUUAUAGUUUUAAUGAUUAGUCAUUAUGUUGUUGCUGUUAAGAUUUUUAUUAAGAAGCAUUUUUACCCCCUAACAUUUCUGGAGUCCUAAGUUGAUUUCUUUGUACUGGGUGUAAUGAAUAUUUUAAAUAAGCCUUUGCCAAAUUUUAUCAGUCAGGAGCUCAGUGUUGUGAAAACAGAAACACUGCAACAUGAAUUGGAAGCUGUUUCGCAGUUGCUAGAGAUGGAGACUGACAACAAAUGUGAGUGUUAACGGGGAUUCGAUUGUUGAAAACUGAGUUGACUUCUCACCUAGUCUCAAUAAAAGAAUUACUGAUAAAAUAUUGUACAGCAAAGGAAAUUUCAUUCCAUUUAUCAACAGGUUUUUUUUAUUAUUCAAACUUCUUACAGGGGCAGUUUUGACUCUUGUGCUGCUGAUGAAAGCUCUGGAUCCUGUCCUGUACCAUGCUGAAAUUAUGAACAAUUUGGACAAGCUGGCUGUCCUAGAUACCAAGCGAAUAAAUUACUACAAGGACUUAAGUAACUAUGUGUUUCUUCUGCUUCUUUGAAUUAUAAUUCAAAAUGUAAAUCCUAAAUUUAAACCUAUUCAAAGUUUUCAGUAAUAAUAAUAUGGAAUAACCUUUUCUUUUUCUAUAGCAACUAUUGAUUAAAGAAGUUGAACUUACAUAAUAGUUUUUAUGAUAAAUGGUUCAUGAGAUCUCAACAAAUUUUUCAUUGAUAUUUGUAAAAAUAAUAUUUAUAAAGUAGUAUUUUAUAAGUAUUUCCUCUACUUUUUCACUAGUGUUUCAGUUUUUUUUCCAGUUAUUAAAUUUUUAAUGGUUGCCCAUUAACCACAGAUGUAAUAUCUCAAAUAUUACUCAUCUCGGACUUGGGCAAAUUAAAAUAAACCAUAUUUGCACAUUAAAAAACAGUGUAAUAAGACAUUGUUUCUCUCUUUCUGCAGAGAGCAAAUUUAUUGUAGAAAACAUGAUAGAUGCACUGAAUGACAGCUUGUCCACUUCCAUAGACCUAAGUCAGAGGGAUCUCACCAAGUUUUAUCAUUAUGAGUUACUUCCACUUGUUAUUUCUCUUGACCUGUCCUACAACCGACUAAAUAAUGUACAAAACUUCAACUACCUUCAAAGCAUCAUAGUGCUGAACCUUAACAGCAAUAACUUAAAAAGCCUUGAAGGACUUCAGUAUUUGCCAAAGCUAGAAAGGCUUUUAGUUAGAAAUAAUGGUAUCCUUUUUAAAAUAAAUUAAAAAGUUUUAUAGAAUGUGAAAAAUCCCAAUCAUUUGCAGGUUAAAAAACAACUGUUUAAACUGGAACAGUGGGACUCAUCAAUACCUAGCAAGUUAUUUAUUUAUUUAUCAUAAUUAUAAUUAAUUAUCAUAAAAGCUUACUAAAGUGAAUCUUUACAUUUAUUAAUGUAUCUGCUUCAACUUUUAAACUAUGUGAGUAAAGUAACAAGUUGCUCACUGAGUUAAACAGUCUGUCAUCUAUUAUUUGUAUCAAAUAGGGGGCAUAAGGGUCUGUUAUACAUCCCUGAAGGCUUUUGAUAAUCAAGAAAAUCUAAUCACAACUUUGUUUUCAGUCUAAAUUUAUUUAUCUCCAUAACAAACUGCAGUCGUUGGAUAAGUUUUCACUGGUCCUUAUUUAUCCUUAACACACAAUCAGGCCUAUCAUCACCAGAAAGCCUCAGAGCCUUACAAACAUGUCCUAACUUGAAGUUUUUGGAUCUGUCGGGAAACCCUGUGUGUGAAAAUGAAGUCAGCCAUGAAAGCAUUAGAGAGCAGUUACAAGAUGUGGACAUUGUCUUUAAGGAAACUUCAUAGCAGUCAAUAAACGGUCAAUUAUUGUAGUAGUAGAUGUUCAGGCAAAUUCAUGGUGGUAAAUGCAAUAUUAAACUGAAAACUUGAAAAAAAUAUAACUUACUAUCACUUUCUAGAUUUUAGUUACAGGCCGAAGUUGAUGUCAUGUUAUUUUUUCCUUUGAACCAGUUAAAAAAAGUUAGAAUGCCCACAAUACCAGCAAAAGUAUUCAUAAUUCAAGAACACAUUUUUGCAAGUAUAUAAAUGAUUACAGUGCUUUAAGUAACUUAAAAAAUUCCAUUUAUUUUGGUGAAAACAUUAUGAAUGAUGCUAUGCUAAAUAUAAAAUAUUGAGUGAUUUAUGAAAUAAUAACUGGGGGUGUAAAAAUGAGUACAAAAAUUGUUUAAAAUGUAAUUUAUUUCUUUAAAUGUG